AUGUGGAACCUACACAUUCCAGGUGUACCGACUUCCAAGGGUCCUGGUAGCAGACUGACUCAUGUUUUUCUACGUUCACGUAGAACAAAUGCUCUUUUUGGGCACAUAUCAGUCAGGCACUUUUAUUAUUAUUCAAAUCAGCAUCUAAGUAACGUCACAACAGAUUUUGAACAAAACGAGAACCUCCAAAAGAGCUCCAAACUAAAUGUACAGUUCGAUCCAAAUUACAAGCAUAUAACGUUCGCGCAUCCAUCAAAAUCGAAAAUCGCUUUGGUUGAUGAAGAUACAAAAAAUGUGCUUAAAUCGGUUGCAAAAAGCACGCUCGCAUGCCACCCACAGACUAAUGGACAGAACUUACCGUUCGGAGUGAAAUCGAAGAUGUCUUCUGGGGGGAGAUUUGAAUCAUCUGUACUUCAGCGUGCAUUCGAGGGCCAAAAGCUUACCUUGAAGCAACUAUGUGCCCCAUAUCUUGCACUUACCAAACCAAAUCUGACAUUUUUGAUCAUGUUAUCAUCGAUUUGCUCCUAUGCUCUUGCUCCUCACUCGACUAAUAUCGCCGAGUUCAUAUAUUUGACCAUUGGUACACUUCUUUCUUCGGGAAGUGCUAAUGCUAUAAAUAUGGGCCGAGAGCCGGGCUUUGAUAAAAUGAUGAUAAGAACGCAAGCUCGACCUGUUGUACGUGGUGCUGUUACCCCUAGAGAGGCGUAUGCAUUUGCUUCAGUUACUGGUUUGUUAGGUUGUGGCAUACUUUACUACGGUGUGAAUCCAACAGUUGCUAUUCUCGGCCUGCUGAACAUCGUCCUCUACUCGUGGAUUUAUACCUCAUUGAAGCGUGUAUCAAUUCUCAAUACCUGGGUUGGUGCCGUUGUUGGUGCGAUUCCUCCUCUGAUGGGAUGGGCCGCAUGCUCUAGCUUGAGUGACCCAGGCGCUUGGUGUCUAGCUCUGCUCCUGUAUGCCUGGCAAUUUCCACAUUUCAACUCCUUGAGCCAUAAUAUUCGCGAUGAAUACAAGCGUGCAGGAUAUGUGAUGACAGCGUUUGAAAAUCCCAAACUCAAUGCCAGAGUCGCACUUAGAUAUUCCCUGUUCAUGUUCCCAAUUUGCUAUGGUCUUUGCUACUACAAUGUUACCGAUCCAUUUUUCAUGUUUGACUCGAGUAUUUUGAAUGGUUGGAUGGCUUAUAUGUCAUUCAAGUUCUGGUGGCAGCAAAGAAUUAACCAUUCCAGCAAGGUUAUAGCCGCAGGUGGCCCAAGUAAUGAGGCCAUAGCUUUGGCGAACCAAUAUGCAAAAAAGACGUUCUGGAGCUCCAUCUGGCAACUUCCAGUUGUCCUUGUGCUGGCCAUGUUACACAAAAAGGGUCAGUGGGAUAGAUCUUUCCAUUCAGAUGACCGGUCUUUGACUGCCUAA